UACUCCUUUUAACUUGUCUAUUCAAUUCUUUUUGUUUUAUUGUUAUUUUUAACCAACAAUUGUUUUUUACUCAAGGGUGGGGCUGAUUGCCCGGCCCAGCCUCGGGUUUGCAGGAAACCAUCCUGUGGCCAACGCCGGUAUUGGCUGAACUUUCACUCCUUUCUUCCUCCCCCUCCCUCUCCCUUCCUUUUUUACUCUUUUUCAAUUUCUUCAUGGACUCUCCGAACCCUCAGCGAUCCAACAUGCCCAUACCCCUUAAUAACCGUUUUUCAGCACUGGCUUCUCCUCCUGGGGAGGUGAGGGGCGGGAAUGUAUUACAUCGCUCUCGUCCCCUCCUCCCCACGGGGAGAACUACACAACCUCCACACCCACAUAGUCUACCUCCACACCCACAUAGUCUACCCACACAUAUCUAUUUACAAGCCAAAUCAUAUUUCAAAUUACUGCAGGCCAUUCACCACUCAGAAAUUCUCAACACUACAUUCAACAACCAUACAUUCCCACAGGGCAUGAUGAGGAAGGUGACUCGCCUCACCUCCUUCAUCAAGCCCUCCUCACCCAAUGAAACAACCCAACUCAAGAUACAACAGAACACUGACACCUGGAUGCUAAACAAUAUGCACAUCCUCCGUGAGCACUAUGACUCUGUGAUCGCUGUGGGGUUGGAGACCAUCCCUACUUUUAAUCAGAUUCCCUUUGACAAGGCGCUCCAGUGGGGGAGAUCGAGAUAUGGGAGGAAGCUCACCUCCUCCUCCAUCAACACACUGCGGGACAUCACAUCUAAGAGCCCGCCGACGGAGGGGGGGGCCCCUAUGUCUCGACUCUCCCCCCUUGACUACCCCCCACUCCCUAACCCAGUAAAUCCCCUCCUCUUUCAACAGUUGGACCCCUCUCACCAUCCCAUUUCCCCUCCGCUCACUACCACCUUACUUAUCACUCCUUCUUCUCCUCCAUCCCUUACUUCUCUCACUCCUGCCCUCAAGAUUCAAACUCCUCCUACUUCUCCUUCUCCUCCCCCCCUUACCCCUUCUUCUUUUCCUCUUCUUCCCCCCUACAGAGACCUCUGUACCCCCAGUGAGGGCGCGGGGGCUUUUGAUGUGGUGGCUCCGCCCACGACCCAUCUGCUCGAAUGCAACCCGCCGCUUACAGUAGAGGUGGAGAUUCAUCCCCUUCCUCCCAGAGAAAGCGGCCGGUUGCGGGCCCGUCGGGCGGAGCGUCCCGUCAUCUCCCCUGCGCCUUCCUCCCCCUCUCCCUCACACACGGAUGCAACUCACCCACCACAAACGCACUACAGUAAUGUGGCUCUCCCGUGCAGUAACACUAUCUCCUCCUCUUUCUCCAUAGACACACCCCACCAUCUGAUUUGCCCGCUUCUGCCGCCAGCAGCAACUCCGCGGCCCCACUUGGCUCUCCAGGACGCCCGGAACCACACUCGCACCCCCACACUUACCGCAAAAUUCAGGACUGGUCGCUGGAGGUGCGGAAGACGACCCUGGUGAUUGGGGACUCGAA